UGGGCAACUGGGAGCCAGUGGAGGGAUUGGCAGAGAGGGGUGGAGGACACCGAGUGGAGGGCAGUGGAGGGAUUGGCAGAGAGGGAUGGAGGACACCGAGUGGAGGGCAGUGGAGGGAUUGGCAGAGAGGGAUGGAGGACACUGAGUGGAGGCCAGUGGAGGGAUUGGCAGAGAGGGGUGGCAGACACUGAGUGGAGGCCAGUGGAGGGAUUGGCAGAGAGGGAUGGAGGACACCGAGUGGAGGCCAGUGGAGGGAUUGGCAGAGAGGGGUGGAGGACACUGAGUGGAGGCCAGUGGAGGGAUUGGCAGAGAGGGAUGGAGGACACCGAGUGGAGGCCAGUGGAGGGAUUUGCAGAGAGGGGUGGCAGAUACAGAACGGUUAGUAAGGUGGAUGAGUCUGGCAGCAGCAUUCAUGAUAGACAGAAGUGGGGAUAGCCUGCGAUGAGGUCGGCCAAUGAGGAGGAAGUUACAAUAGUCGAGGCGUGAUAUGACAAGGGAGUGAAUAAGUUAAGUGCUUAGUGGUUUCCGGGGUUAGGAACGGGCGUAUCUUGGAGAUGUUGCGGAGAUCUGGGGCUGGAAGGACAGAUGGGAGUCUAGGAUUACACCUAGUACCCUGGCAUGAGGGGAUGGACUAAUGAUUGUGUUAUGGAUAUUUAUGGUGAAGUCAGUGGAGGGGGCAUGGGCAGGGGGGAAUACUAGGAGCUCAGU